AUGGAGAAAAUAUUAUUUUCUUGGAUUAUAAGUAAAAAUGAUAUUGAAACAACAAAUUCACUUAAAAUUAUUAGUGAUAAUGGUCUUUUUAUUACAAUUGAAUCUUUAGAAAAAUUUUUUCAACCAUUUUUGUCACCUUUAAAUCUUUUUGAAAAUGAUACUCAAAAAGAAAAAAAAUUAAAAUAUGGUUUAAAAACAAUUGAAAUAAUGAAUUUAUAUGAAAUGUUAAAAAAUUUAAUUACAACUAAUAGAGGAAAAAAACCAAAUAAAAAUUAUUUUGUUUAUAGUUUUAGAGAUCCAAUGUUUAAUGAAUUAUUAAAUGAUUAUAAUACACCAUCAUCAAAUGUUACAAGUUUACCAAUAUUUAUAAUAUGUUUAGAUAUUCUUAGAAAUAAUAAAAAUCAAUUAAUUAAACCAAAAUUAGAAAAUUCAAAAACAAUAAUUAUAGCGCCACCAACACAAAUUAUUUCAAAAAAUGAUAAUAAUUAUAAUAAUAAUAAUGAAAUUGAUAAUUCAAUUCCAUUUUUUAAAAUUUGGAGAAAUUCAGUUUUAAGGGGUGAAAUUAUUUCAGAAAUUAAAAUUUUAAAUAAUCAUCUUGGUAAAUUUACAUUUUAUUCAAUUAAUGAAAUGGAAAAAUAUAAAUAUAAAAAUUAUUUAAAUCAUGUUGUAUUGGAUUUUAAAAAAGUAAUGGAUAAAAACCUAUUUAGAUAUGAAGGUGAUAUGUUUAAUAAUUAUUUUGAAAAUUGUUUACCACCUUGUAUUAAAAGUUUAGAAAUAAAUGGUGGUUUCAAUUUCUUUAUUAAACCAUGUUCGUUCCCAACAUCAUUAACAUAUCUUCAAUUUGAAACUGAUAGAAAUAAUAAUAAAAUUGGGGAAAAGAAUGUAAUAUUAAAUUAUCCAGUAAAUAAUCAAUAUUUUAAAAAUUUUAAAAAUUUAAAAAUUGUAAAAUUUGGUGAAGAUUUUCAUUCAUCAAUUAAUGAAAAUUCAAUACCAGAAGGUAUUAAAAAUGUUGAAUUUAAAAAUGAUUUUUCAGAUUUCCUACUACUAAAUUCAAAUAUUUUCCCAAAAACAUUAAAAUCUCUAACUAUUGGUAGUAGUAAUAUAAACAAAAGUAAUACUAAUAAUUAUGAUACACAUGGAAAAGAAUCGUCAUUGUAUUUACCAAAAACAAUUACUUCAUUGAAUUAUUAUGGAAAUUCAAUUUUACCAAAUUUAUUUUUAAAUGAGAGUUUAACAAGGUUGAAUAUAAAAUGGCCAAAAAAUCAUUUAAUUAAAAAAGAAAAUUUCCCACAAAGGUUAAAAUAUUUAACACUUGAAGUUGGUAAAGAUAAAGAUAUUAAAAAAAAUUCAUUUCCUACAUCAAUUAUAAAGUUAAAAUUAUGUAAUUAUAAUAAAAUAAUUGAACCAGAUGUUUUACCAAAGAAUUUAGAAUACCUUUCAUUUAAAGACACAAUUUCAAAUAAUCGUAUACUAUUGAAAAAGUAUCAACCAACUUUAAUAAAAGGAUCUUUACCAAUAACUUUAAAAACUUUAAAACUUGGUGAACAUCAUUUAUAUAUGGAUGUUUUAAUCAAAGGUGUUUUAACACCAUCACACACAAACUUAACAAUAUUAUCAGUUGUUAUUAGAAAUCCAAUAGAUUAUAAACUAUCUUCGCUAUCAAAUAUUUUAAAGGUUGAAAAUGAUAUAAUGGAAAGAUCAAUAAAAUGGAGAAAAAAUAAAUUCAUUCCAGAAUCUUUAAAAUUAAUAAUUUGUAAAACCAAUUUACAAUAUCCAUUAUUGUUUAAUCUAUUUCAUAGUAGUGAACCUAAUAAUAAUAAUAACAAUAAUAUUGCGGGAAUUCCAACAAUUGUUAAAUUGGAUGAAGAUUGUAGAGAUGAUAUAACACCAAUUUCAAUGGUAAAAUCAUUAACAUCUUUAAAGUUAAAUGAUUCAUUUGAUAAAAUAAUCUACAUUACUCAAUUACCAAAUUCAUUAUUGCAUUUAAAUUUUGGUUGCACAAAUUCAAUUUUCACUAAAAACAUCAUUACAAAUUCAAUACCAAUAGGUUUAAAAACAUUAAUAUUACCCCCAUUUUUUGAUGGUUUAUUAAAUAUAGAUGAACAUUUCCCAAAUUUAGAAAUAUUAGUAAUUGGACUUUCAAACCCAUCAAAUGUACUCUAUGAUCCUUUAAAAUCUUUAAAAUUAAAAUUUGUUUUUGUUUUCAAUGAAAAUAAUAAUUUUUUAUUUAAUCAUAAAUAUAAUAAUAUUAAAACAAUACUUGAACCAAUAUUAAAAAUAAUACCAUUAAAACAAUUUAAAAAAAUUAAUAAAUAA